AUGGCUACCAAAGCCGGCCCCGUGCGGAUCGGCGUCUUCAUCCCCGCCGAGACCCAGCUGCUCGACCUCGCCUGCGUCGACGUCCUCGCCAUGAUGAGCAAGCAGUACCUCUCCGCCAUCACGGAGCUGCCGCGCGCCACCGUCGACGCCGCGCCCAGCGUCGAGGUCGUCUACGUCACCUCGGCGGCCGCCGCGCUCUUCGUCACGCUGACGGCCGGCAUGACCGUGCGCGCCACGCACGACCUCUCGCACGCCGACGUGCAGCCCGGCAGGCUGGACGUCCUGCUCGUCCCUGGCCCGGACCCGUCGUCGACCUUUGAGAAGGACGUGCUGGACUUCCUGCGGGGCCACUACGAGAACCCCGGCACCGACGUGCUGAGCGUGUGCACGGGCAUCCUGCUCUGCGGCGCGGCGGGCAUCAUAGAGGGGAAGAGGGUGUGCGGGCCGCGGGGCAUGCAGGACGUGCUGCGGAAGCGGUUUCCGGGCGCCAGGUUCGAGGGGGAGAAGUAUCGUUGGCUUCAGGAUGGGAAUCUCUGGACGAGUGGUACGUACACACCUACAAUGCACAGUGCACUGAUUAAUACUCCGUGA